AUGUAUGAGGAAAGAUAUACCAAAACCAAAUUGGUUGUCUUGCUUAGCAUUUUCACUGCCCCACCAAGCAUGACUAGAAAGAAGGUGAAGCUUGCUUAUAUCUCUAAUGAUUCUGCAAGAAAAGCCACCUUCAAGAAAAGGAAGAAGGGCCUAAUGAAGAAGGUGAGCGAGCUAAGCACCCUCUGUGGGAUUGAUGCUUGUGCUAUCGUUUACAGUCCAUAUGAAUCUCAACCUGAGGUUUGGCCCUCUCCUUUAGGGGUCCAAAGAGUGCUGUCUAAGUUCAAAACCAUGCCAGAAAUGGAGCAAAGCAAGAAAAUGGUGAAUCAAGAGGGUUUCUUGAGGCAAAGGAUCACCAAAGCCAGUGAACAACUCAAGAAACAGCGGAAGGACAACCGUGAGAAGGAGGUUACCCAAGCCAUGUUCCAAUGCUUGACUGGAAAAAUUAACUUGGGUAGCCUACAUUUGAUGGACUUGAAUGACCUUGGAUGGAUGAUCGACCGUAGCGUGAAGGACAUCAACAAGAGGGUUGAAACCCUAAACAAUGGGAGUGGUAGUGGCAUCUCCCAAUUGCCACUAGUUGCAACCCCUGGGGCUGGACCUAGCAGCGUGGGAGAGCUAGCAGGAGAGUCAUCCCAGAUGGCUACCAAUAAUAUGGAGGUUAAUGUGGAUUCCAUGCAGAGACAGCAAUGGUUCAUGGACAUGAUGACCCCUCAACCAGCUCAAGAGCCGCCUGUGGGGUUUGCUGGGGAUGACAUGAUGCUGCCUUUUGGGGAUAACAACCAGAAUGGACUUUGGCCUAAUUCGUUUUUCCCUUGA